GCAAUGGUUGCUGCUACGUUUGGAGGAAUUGUUGGGCCUGGGAUAGUUGCAUCUGCAUUUGAAGAACUUGCUAUUGAACCUGAAGAGGUUGAAUCUGCAUUUGAGAAGUCUGCUGUUGGGCCCAGGGUAGUUGCUUGA